GUCCGAUAACAGCGCAACUUUGCAAGCUUGCUCUUUCAGUCGAAAGUCACUGGAUAAUUACUUUGCUUCAUUAAGUGCAUCUCUGAACCAUACAAGGGGAAAAUUUCAGCCCGUCUAGAAAAGAUGUCGUCGCGGUUCCCUGAGCGAUCAAGCUCAAAGCGCAGCCGUUCUCGCUCCCCAUCGCGUCAUCCCCAGAAGCUUCCACGCCGAUAUGACGAAAGAGACCAGCAACGCGAUUUCAACCAGGGCUGGCGGGGCGGAGAUAGUCGUCCGUCGCAAGCGCGACCGCGGAAUAUGAAGGACCAAGUGCGGCUGAAUCAACUCCAGGAAGAUGAGCAGGUCCGCGAAUGGGUGGCGCAGGAAGACAUUUUCGUUCUCAAGCAGGCCAAGAAGAAAGCAGAGAUCCGGGUGAAGGAGGGCAGAGCCAAACCGAUUGACUGGCUCACUGUUACGCUACGGGUGAUCGAUCCUACAAGAAACCCUUUGGAUGAUGAAAUCGCGGACUCGGAGCUCGAUCUGGUAGAUCCAGAUGGGGUCUUUGAAGGACUAUCGCAGACACAGUUGCUGGAUCUAGAGAAGGAUAUCGACACUUUUUUGAGCUUGGAGAGAAACUCGCAGAAUAGGGACUUUUGGAAGACGAUGAAGGUCAUUUGUCGGGAUCGCCAAAAAAUAACCGGACCCGAGGGUCGCGCACUCAGCUCAGUUGCUUCCGAUAUCAAUCGACUAUUAAGCCCUAAAUCCUACGAACAGCUCCAGACACUCGAGGUGCAAGUCAGGAGGAAGUUGGAUUCCAAUGAACCCAUUGACACGGAUUACUGGGAGGAACUUCUGCGCAGUCUCACUGUUUGGAAAGCUCGUGCCAAGCUGAAGAAAGUCUUUCAAGAUGUCAUUGACGAGAGAGUCAGAGGCCUGCGUACACAACAGCGUGAGGAGGCCGAAUCCGUGCGGGCGAAGCUCGCUCCGCUAGCGCCAUCGAUACAGGUGACUUCUGGAAUUGAGGCUGAAGCUCAGCCUGACCCUUCCGACUUUGAAGGCCUCGACCCGGACCCGUUGCUUCAGGUGCGCCCUGAGGACAAAGUACUGGAGAUCGUCGACGAAAGUGCCUUCCUUGGUCAAGUAGCUCGGGAACGGCAGAAGAUCUUAAAGAUGGGAUUUGUGCCGCUGCGCCAGCGACAUGCAGAGAAGCCUUCGGCUGCUCCUUUGAGUCAAGCAUCAAACGUACCGGUUGCUAGCGCCUUGACCCGAUUUUCAGCUAUUCCCAACGACGACUUUUCCCAGGCAACAAAGGCUCUUUACGAACGUGAGUUGGCGAAGGGGGUGAGUGAAAACGAAGAGAUUUUCACGGGCGAGGAAGCUGUCAGCUCCGGCGCCGAACCUUUAUGGGCCGGCAAAUACCGACCCCGCAAGCCGCGAUACUUCAACCGUGUUCAAAUGGGUUACGAGUGGAACAAAUAUAAUCAGACCCACUAUGAUCAUGAUAACCCGCCCCCUAAAGUUGUCCAGGGCUACAAGUUCAACAUAUUCUAUCCCGAUCUUAUUGACAAGACCAAAGCCCCAACCUACCGUAUCGAGCGGGAGAAUGGCCGCAAGCGCGGUCAGUCUUUUGCAGAAGCAGGGGAGGAAGACACUUGUCUCAUUCGUUUCAUGGCCGGCCCACCCUACGAGGAUAUCGCCUUUCGCAUUGUGGACAAGGAGUGGGAUUACAGUGCGAAGCGAGAACGCGGGUUUAAGAGUACUUUUGACAAAGGUAUUUUGCAACUGCAUUUCCAGUUCAAACGAAUCUACUACCGGAAGUAAAAUCAAGGCUAUUCUCGGAGUUGCGGUGGUCUGGAACAUACCGAAAAUCCCAGUUCAUACCACGGGCUAGAAUUCGUUAAGACUGGGUGCCACAGGGACGAAUUCGUC